AUGGAGCCUCCAGGAGUGAUUAAAGGUAGGCGGCGGCGUCUCGUAGCAGAUGCUGACCGCAAACGAGUCGCCCGAGCUUGCGACACCUGUCGCCAGCAAAAAGAAAAAUGCGACGGACACCAACCUUGUCGGCGGUGUUCUCGCAUACGACGGCCCUGUGUUUUCUCCGGAAAAGACCGGAGUGCUAGGCAACUAGACGAAGCCCCGUCCAAGAAGUCUCCUGAAGGGAGCAUAACGUGUGUUUCCCUUUCAUCCUUAGCCUGUCAACCGGAAUCUCUAUUCUCCAUUUUGCUGACGCUUGGUUGA